CGGCGCGGGGUCCGGGCGGGGCGGGCAGGGGCGGCGCCAGGCGGCGGUGACGCGCGGGGGACGUGCGGCGCGAGCGGCCGGAGCUCCGAGUCCCCCCGGCAAGGCGGCCAGAGGCGCGCGGCGGCCGAGCGGCGGCAGGGACCUUGGGGCUCAACUGAAGCCAGGUGCAAGCCACAACGGGGCUGUUUCUUUGGUGCCCAGGCGCGUGUCCCAGGCGUCCUGGUGCAGGAAGAGCCCAGGACGGAAUGCAAUUGCUCCUCUCCUGUCCCGCCCGCCUGGAGCUGGUCUUUGAGGACCGGAAGUCUGGCUAGUUAACUAGCCAAUCUCCCCAGAAGGCGAACCUACAGGCUCUAGAGUUGGAGGCCACCACAGCGAACCUCAGGGACACGGCCCGCCCUGGAAGCGCACGGGCCAGAGACCCAGGAUCCAAGAGCUAGUCUUUGGCCGCUGGCAGGAGAGGAGAGGGCUGCGGUCCGGGCAGCACCUGCACUGAGGAGACACUCUCCUGGGACCAGCCUCUGUCUGGGACGCACAACCUGUCCUCCUGGCCAUGGGCGGCGCCGUGGUUGACGAGGGUCCCACCGGCAUCAAGGCCCCUGAUGGGGGCUGGGGCUGGGCCGUCCUCUUCGGCUGCUUCGUCAUCACGGGCUUCUCCUACGCCUUCCCCAAGGCGGUCAGCGUCUUCUUCAAGGAGCUCAUGCGUGAGUUUGGGAUCGGCUACAGUGACACGGCCUGGAUCUCCUCCAUCCUGCUGGCCAUGCUGUACGGGACAGGCCCACUCUGCAGCGUGUGUGUGAACCGCUUUGGCUGCCGGCCCGUCAUGCUCGCGGGUGGCCUCCUGGCAUCCCUGGGCAUGGUGGCUGCGUCCUUCUGCGGAAGCAUCAUCCAGCUCUACCUCACUACCGGGGUCAUCACCGGUGAGUGGGGCCCAGCGGGGAGCGGGGCAGGCCACGGCACGCUCACUCCUCAGUGGCCAGGCUUGGGCUUGGCACUCAACUUCCAGCCCUCCCUCAUCAUGCUCAACCGCUAUUUCAACAAGAGGCGCCCCAUGGCCAAUGGGCUGGCGGCCGCGGGCAGCCCCGUGUUCCUGUGCGCCCUGUCCCCGCUGGGGCAGCUGCUGCAGGACCACUAUGGCUGGCGGGGCGGCUUCCUCAUCCUGGGGGGCCUCCUGCUCAACUGCUGCGUGUGUGCCGCGCUCAUGAGGCCCCUGGAGGCAUCCCGGCCGGGUUCGGGACCCGGGCCCCAGCGGCCAGCCAGGCGGCUGCUGGACCUGAGCGUCUUCCGGGACCGUGGCUUUGUCAUCUACGCCGCGGCCGCCUCCAUCAUGGUGCUGGGGCUCUUUGUGCCCCCCGUGUUCGUGGUGAGCUACGCCAAGGACCUGGGUGUGCCCGACACCCAGGCUGCCUUCCUGCUCACCGUCCUGGGCUUCAUCGAUAUCUUCGCCCGGCCCGCCGCGGGCUUCAUCACGGGGCUUAAGAAGGUGCGACCGUACUCCGUCUACCUCUUCAGCUUCUCUAUGUUCUUCAACGGCUUCACGGACCUCACGGGGUCCACGGCCAGCGACUACGGUGGCCUGGUGGUCUUCUGCAUCUUCUUCGGCAUCUCCUACGGCAUGGUGGGGGCCCUGCAGUUCGAGGUGCUCAUGGCGAUUGUGGGCACCCAGAAGUUCUCCAGUGCCAUUGGCCUCGUGCUGCUGCUGGAGGCCAUUGCCGUGCUCAUUGGGCCCCCGUCGGGCGGCAAGCUCCUGGACGCGACGCACGUCUACCAGUACGUGUUUCUCCUGGCAGGGGCCGAGGUGGUGGCCUCCUCCCUCGUGCUGGUGCUGGGCAACUUCUUCUGCAUUAAGAAGAGGCCCGAGGCGGCUGUGGAGGAGGGGGAGCGCCACAAGCCCCCCGCGGACGUGCGGGUGGACUCUCGGGAGGUGGAACACUUCCUGAAAGCAGAGCCUGAGAAAAACGGGGAGGUGGUUCACACCCCAGAAACGAGCGUCUGAGCCGAGGAGGCCAGCAGGGGUGAGGGAACCGGACAGAGACUUCAAGGCUCGCGUUUAUUUCACAAACAGGACCGGCUUGGGUGGGGCCGUCCGUGUGUCUCGGGGGGCUGGUGAAGUGGGGACCGUGUCAUUCCAAAGCAGGUCUGUGGUAGAGCCAAGCCUCGAGGUUACAAGCCGUCUGCACCGGGACACAGCCUGCUGACCCCAGAGCAGCCUGGUGCCCACUGCUGUGCUCAGGGACCUAGAAACCCAUGCUUCAGAGACAACACGACCGGGGUCAGGGGCGGAGCGGCACCGUCUUGGGAGAGACCCCCCCCCCCACCCCGUGUGGCUGGCUGCACCCCGUCCCGCCCCACCUCCACCACGGCGCUCUAGCCCGCCCCUCGCCGAGUGUUGGGGGACAAACCUCCCUUCCUCCGCUUCUGAAGGUCUGAAAUAAACCCGCGUAUGGGAGGAGCCACCUUGGAAGGAAUGUCUUCAAAGAGCCGGGGUCUCAUUCUACAAGGGGCAGGGGUCUGACCGUUGGCUCCGAACUCACUUUUUCAACAGACAACCUGGUCGUUCUUACAAAGUGGCUCUGGCCCUUGUCAGCUGGGUCGGCUUUCUAAGCGCUGCUGGCUCUGGACCCUGUGUCGCUGGAGCCCAGAUGGCUCAGAGCAUCCACCCAGGGGCCCCGUGGCCGGAAGGGGUCUGGCCGCACCCAGGAGCCCCUUUGAGGCGUGGACACUUCAGCUGAGACAUACGUGUGAUUCGUGUUCACUAUGUGUGUGUUUAAAGAAAAUGAUCUUCCUGCCUUCCA